UCUGAGCAUUGUGUGAUGCCUGCCAGCAGCAUCACGACCAUUGUGAUCGGUUGACGACUUGACUCUGACGUGCGCUAUGGAGUCAUGAUAUGCAAGCUCACCGGAGAACUCUCCGAGGCUGCAAUGGAGACUGGCCCGAACUUCUUUUUCCUCGUUUCGGCCUGUUUUCUCGUCGCUUCCUCUUUGACGUCAGCGCUCCCAACUUCACCUCUACUCGGAGUCUCCCCUCAAGACGAGAAGUACUUUUACUCGACUGCAGUCAUCGCUUGCAAGGACGGCUCCAAAUCCUUCUCAAGGGAUCGUCUAAACGAUGGAUUCUGCGACUGUGCUGAUGGUACGGACGAGCCCGGAACUUCAGCCUGUCCGGAUGGCAGAUUUUAUUGUAGAAAUGUUGGAAGUACACCCUGUACACUGUUUUCUUCUCGUGUCAAUGAUCGGAUUUGUGACUGCUGUGAUGGAAGUGAUGAGUAUGAUGGUGGCAUCAAUUGCCCAAACACAUGCAUCAAGAAUGGCAAUGUUGUGAAGGAGAAGAACGAAUAUAACUUGACAAGAACAGAUUUGGAUAGCAUCAAUAUAGGAGGAAAGAAGAAUGGAAGCAACUUCGAAGAACUGAUACAGAAGCUAAAAGAGUUCAAGAUACUUUUGAUGUUGGAAGUGGUUCUUGUUGGUUGUCUGAUGACUUUUGGCCUUUUUCGCCGGCGCAUCAGGUCCAGAAGAAGACGAUAUCGAUGAAUUAAUCCAUCUGAAAUGAUGUAAGGUUUUGGGGGGAAGCUGCACUCGCAAGGCACCCUUUGGUGGACUGGAAUCGCCCGUAAAAGAACCAAGCUCUGUGGGGCCCACUGUGUCGCAGAUGUAAAUCAAAUCCGUCCAUCAGGUGAGAACCCUUAUUUGUCCUGCUCUCAGUAAACCAAUCAGUACACUUGAAAACUCUGAUUGGCCACACCAGUGCGUAAAAAAAAUAAAAUAAUAAUAAUAAAUGUAAAAUUGCUCUUAAAACCUCUAAAUUCAUGAAAUGCUGCCCGCCUGAGAUCUUGAUUGGGUUGACUUUUGCAUCUUCACUUAUCGUGUGGUUGAGUUGCACGUGAUUAUCAGGUUCAUUGGAAGAUACACACCAUGGCAGCACCACACAAACCUAUGGUUGGCAUCACAUCCCCAUUUUUCCCUGUGGUCUGGUCCACCUGAGUUAUGGAUCUGGUUUAUUUUUUGACCCAGUUCAUAAAAUCGAGGAUAGAACCUGUUGGAUGGAGUGGAUGUUACAUAUACAACGUGGUGGGCCCCACGGCUAGGGUGUUCUAUGCGGGGGAGCGGAUUGGGUGCCACCCAGCCUCACCAAAUACUGUGUGGCCCUGACCGUGGGGCCCACCAUGAUGUAUGUGCAGUAUAUUCACACCAUCCAUCCAUUUUUUCCACAUCAGUUUAGGACAUGCUACCAAAAAUGAAGUAGGUCCAAAUCUCUGAUGGACCACACAAUGGGAAACCGUGGUGAUUGACCAUUAACAACUUCUGUGGGCUACAAAAGUUUUGGACCACACUACAGGUUAGUGUGACUUUAUCAACAGGUGAGAUGGAAAAUAGACAUUAUGGUCUGCCCCAGGAAGCUUUUGGGCUCGUGCUCUAAAAUGAGCUGGAAAAAAAGAUGAACAGCACGGAUAUACUACAGAUAAAUGGCCCUCACGGUUAGGGCCACUUGGGUUGGAUCCUUUUGAAUCAGCAUUACAUCCCGGGCGCAUUUCUCCUCUUUGAAUAGAGGAUAUAGCAACUUACCUUGGAUUUAUCAGCCUAAGCAGAAGAUCACAUGCAGCCCCAGCCUCACCUAAGUCAGUGCGGCCAUGACUAUGGGCCCCACCGUGAUGUAUCCACACCGUCUAUCCAUUUUGCCUCAUUUUAUGCAAUGAGCGCAAGAAUGAAUCCGAUCCAAAUCUUCAUUCUUCA